AUGCUUUUCAAAACUUACCUCUUUGUUCUGUCCCUCCUGGCGGUCGAGCUAGUGACUGCUCGUAUCUGUAUCCAAACGGGCGUUGCGCUAGAACCUGUGAAGCGAUCGACUGCGUAUGCCCUGACUUUAGGCCUGGCCAAGGCGGAGCCCUGA